CGAGAUGUUCCGGUUUUCAGGGGAAAUGGAAUGAGAGCCUGUGACACGAAAAUCCGCAUUUGGCGAUAACAAAGCAAACAGUCCAUCUUAACUCCUCCUUCACAUUUAAUGGAUUGGUUGAACCGGCAGUUUUACUUCUUGUCAAGACCAGUAUGUAGGGUAUCUAGUUUCAGGCGUUAGGCGCGAUGCCUCACAUAUGACGUUGGGUUGGAUUCUCAUUGGUUGUUUAGGCUUGGUCAUAUGACCACACGCUCAAGACGGCGUAGCCUAUUUGAAACGCGUUUGCUCUGGUAGUUUCUCAUUCUGGCAAUUGCAUUUUGUUUAUACAUAUUUAGUUGUUAGAAACAGUAGCCGAAUGUAACCGGUAAAUAACAUUAACGAUAAUUUACAUUAGGUAAUUUAAUCCAUGAAAUAUUUCACACGGACUGGCCGCAUGAUUUCAGAGCCUUUUCUGAGCUGCAUUUCCUGAUUAGAAUCCUGAGGAACUUUGUCAAAAGAGACAAUACUCUUGUAACAAUGAUUUCUGAUAUUCCCUACGAGAAGAUGUGUGAUGUGGAGUCGAGGAGAGAAGAGUCCUGCAGGAAAGCACAGAUGUAUUAUAGGUGUCUGCUGGGUCUCACUGGGGUGGCCACUCUGCUAUUGGCUGCCCUGUUCCUCCAGACCCUGCUGCUUCCUGUGGUUAACUCCUCCCCAAACAAGCCUGGCUUCAAGCUCCCACUUCCUCUCACUGACACCUGCACCGACCCCUGCAAAAUCGUUCUAUUGGAGAGCAUCCCAGAGGGGUUAGAGUUCAACUCUAGUGUCACCAACCCAUCCAUCUACCAGGCUUGGCUCGACCUGAUUAGUGAGGCUCGCAGUAGCGUGGACAUUGCGUCUUUCUAUUGGACGCUCACCAACAAAGACACAGGCUCUCACGAGCCAACAGCGAAUCAGGGUGAGGAUGUCCUGAAUAGACUAGCUCAGGUGUCUGGGAAGCUCUCUGUCCGCAUCGCUGUAAAUACACCAACAGAGUCCCAACAUAAGGAAGACCUUAAUCUAUUAAUAAGUUCUGGUGCUGAUGUAAGAGCCGUGAACAUGCGGGAUUUGACCACUGGAGUACUUCACACCAAGUUCUGGGUGGUGGACAAGAAGCACAUCUACAUUGGCAGUGCCAACAUGGACUGGAGGUCCCUUACCCAGGUGAAGGAGCUGGGGGCUGUGGUGUACAACUGCAGCUGCUUGGCUGCAGACCUGGGGAAGAUCUUCGAGGCCUACUGGUACCUUGGGCAAAAAGACACACCCAUCCCUUCCCCUUGGCCCAGCAGUUUCAACACUCCUUACAAUAAGGACACGCCCCUGCAGCUGCCACUCAACGGCACAGCCUCCAGUGUGUAUCUGUCGAGCUCUCCACCCUCUUUCUGUGCUGCCGGGAGGACCGGAGACCUGCAGUCUAUUCUCAGUGUGAUGGAGGACGCACAGGAGUUUGUCUACAUCGCUGUCAUGAACUACCUGCCCACCAUGGAGUUCUCACGACCCAAACGGUACUGGGCAGAAAUUGACACUCAGAUCAGACGUGUGGCAUACGAGAAGCGGGUGAAGGUGCGUCUGCUCAUCAGCUGUUGGGCGAGCACUUCGCCUGUCAUGAUCCCCUUCCUGAAAGCCUUGGAUUCAAUGCAGGAACCCAAGGCCAAGCUGGAUGUCCAGGUGAAACUCUUUGUUGUGCCAGCCAAUCCCAAGCAGAAAGAAAUCCCCUUUGCCAGGGUCAACCAUAACAAGUACAUGGUGACAGACAAGGUUGCCUACAUAGGUACCUCUAACUGGUCUGGAGACUAUUUUGUGAACACUGCUGGAUCGGCUUUGGUGGUGAACCAAACGGCUGCCCAGUCAGCGGAGCCUACGGUCCAGGCACAACUACAGGCCGUGUUCGAAAGGGACUGGGACUCCGCCUACAGCACCCCAAUCCACCAGCACACCGACCUCAAAAUGGUGUGUUAGAUACAAUACUACACUCUAGACCAGUGGUUCCCAACUCCAGUCCUUGAGUACCCUCAAUAGCACACAUUUUUGUUGUAGCCCCAGGCAAAACUUUUUUGGAUUCAACUCAUUGAGUGCCUGAUGAUUAGUUGACAAGUUGGAUCCGGUGUGCUUGUCUGGGGCUACAAUAAAAAUGUGUGCUGUUGGAGGUGCUCGAGGACUGGCGUUGGGAACCACCGCUCUAGAUUGUUACAGGGCCUGUGUCCUCCAAGCCAGCAUGGGGAGGAAUGAGAAGUAAGCGUGCCGAUAUGGCAUGCCAAAACUCAAUUCGUCAGAGAUUCUGAAUCCCAAUUGGCAGUAAGCUGGUUCCUUGCCAGAUAUGCACAUGUAUUAUCUCUGUCCCUGUACACUAGUUCAAAUCAGCAGUUUCUGGGAUGAUUUCUUAAAUUGCAGCACUAUUUAAAAAAAUAAUUGCAGUAGAUAUGUACUGUAGCAGAAGAUGGGUAAAACUAUGCUGCCCUCUGCAGCGUCAAUGCGUCUAUCACCUCAAUGAUCAAAACACAAGCCUGUGCGCUAACAAUAAUGCCUUAUCAACUUUAACGCUUUGGGAAUAAAUACCAGUGAAUCUCAGGGAGAUUGCGAUAUUAUGUGUUGAAUGUUUGGACUGAUGGUUCUAGGCAUGCUGGUUUGAUCCUUUUGUUCUUUUUAAUGUAUGAUUGGUAUGUUGUGCCUUGUUUUUCUUUGCAGCCUAGACUAGGUUUUUAAUUCAAUCAUUCUGAAUCCUUCUUGCUUUAAAACUAUUAUGUUUCCCAUAGAAUUGUGCAGUAACUGAUUUCAUGUGUGCAAUUAUGCCCAGAAAACAUUCACUAUUUCUGGAAUUUCAACUGCGUGGAGUGUCUAAUAUGAGCAGUGCCGUGGAGAAUGUUAUCAUAGCAACUGUCCAAGUACUUAAGUGUUUAAAAGCACUGUGCUGUGUAUUAUUUGGCAAGCACUGUUACUGUACAAUAUUGAUUGCAUUUUGUACACACUACUUCCUUUUUGCGGUAAUGUCCCUAAUAAAUUGAAUUUACAUUUA